UCUCAAUAUCACAACUCUAUCUCAGCGGUGUCUGAACUGCCCUGUCUCGAUGAUGCUCCAUGCCCUUGCUAAUCAGGGCAUUCUUGGAGCAUUGAUUGACUAGUCCUCCUCUCAUCCGCACGGAAAAGUGGAGCUUUCGCCUGUUCCUUUGCUCCUUCUGCGGGGUUGCCCUAGGACCCGCUGUCUGCAACCCCCCUGUGACUAACUCUAGCAAACUAAUAUUUAUACUGCAAUAUUAAGGUCUCAGAUUUCCUCAAUGAGCACUACGCAACUUCAACAACUGCAAGUCUCAACUACAGCCAAUACCCAACCAUGACGACCCCUCACGGCAACUGCCAGCAUAGCAACUGCCAGCAUGCCCAUCGUCUAGCCCAUUCAGAGGUCUCCUCGAUCAAGACUGCUCAAUCCCUCCGCGAACAGCAAGGCCCCAUCAAAGCAGCCUAUCGAGACGAUCCUUCCACCGCCCUCGUAACGCUUAGGUCCACCGGAUCCCUUGACUCCACAACUAUAACCUGCAAGUUGUCAACGGGUGCCGGAGUCAAAUCCGCCUCAAAGGUUGCAGGCUUGCACCCUAAAGCCGGCGGUUCUGAUCCUGACAUCUCAGGCGAGUUGUGCUCCGGCGACAUGCUUCUCGACGCGCUCGUUGCCUGCGCUGGCGUCACGCUCAAGGCUGUUGCUACAGCACUAGGUAUUCCAGUACAAGGAGGCACGGUGAUGGCGGAGGGGGAUAUGGACUUCCGAGGAACAUUAGGGGUAGACAAAACUGCACCGGUUGGCAUCACGGAUAUUCGAUUGGGGUUUGACUUACACUUUGGGGAGAAGGAAGAUGGUAGCCCGAUAACCGAAGAGGACGUGGAGAGGUUAGGCAAGCUGACGGAGCGAUAUUGCGUGGUGUUGCAAACGCUAGUCAGGAAGCCGAAUCUUGCGGUUAGGGUUAUUGGAAAGGGGGGAGGCGAGGAGGACGGAAUUGAGCGACAUAUUGUUUGGGGACAGAAGAUUUGAG